AUGCCGUGUUCAUCCUGGCACUUUGUCUCUGCAAAAGCUGCUUUCUGUCAAAAUGAAACCCAGCAAGAUCUCGCGCAGCUUCUCUCACACAACGCCACCGUGAGCAGCAACAUUCCGGCAAACUUUCGAUGGAGUACAUAUGAUGAGCCGAACCCCGCUCUAUACAUAACGGCGGCGACAGAGGGAGAUGUAGCUCAAGUGGUUCGCUACGCCAAUAGACACAACUACCCUUUCCUUCUCCAGAAUGGAGGUAACGGCUGGGCGGACACAUUCAACCUGAGUGGUUGCGGUCUAAUGAUAGACAUCAGCAAUCUCAAUCAGGUCACUUUCAACCACGACGAAACACAAGCAACCAUCCAAGGAGGCAUCACAGUGCGAGAGCUGGUCGCAGCCGCAGCGAGCAGGAGCGCUAGAAUUGGAACCGCCACGUGCAACUGCCUCGGGUUCCUUGGCGCAGCCUUGGGCGGAGGUCAGAGUCGAAUCGACGGACUCUAUGGCUUGAGCGUAGACCAACUCAUCUCCGCAACGGUGGUCUUAGCAUCCGGAGAAGUCGUCCAAACCAGUGCCACUUACCAUCCAGAUCUUUGGUGGGCCAUCCGUGGAGCGGGUCCUAACUUUGGCAUCGUCACUUCAGCGGUGGUCAAGGUGUAUCCGAUACCAGCGGGACAGAACUACGCCUGGCAGGCCAGCAUCACUCUCUCUCGGGACCAGAUCAGACCCCUGAUGGAGGUACUCAGCACGUUGAAGCUCACACCAGAGAUGGAGUUCGACUUCUACUUUGCCACAUCUGGAGCACCGUCAUAUACUCCAGCCAUUGUCGUCGUGCCAUUCUACGUCGGCGAUGAGUCUGCCGCCCGCACAGCCUUCGCUCCAAUCCUCAAUCUGAACCCCGUAAAUAUCACCGGCGGCGAGCUACCCUACGAACAGUGGAAUUCAGCAGGCGACUCCUUCUGCACCCGAGGGGGCCGCAAGCCAGCAUAUGGAGCCUCGACCGCGCGUCUCGAUGUCGACACUUGGGUUGAGGUUUUCCACUCCUACGAGGCCUUCAUAGCGUCGAACCCUACUGCCUUCGGUACAAGCUCGACCAUCCUCUCAGAAAACUAUCCGCGACCAAACACUUCCCUCGAGUCUGCCCUGACGUCUUCGUACCCGUGGCGAGACCUGGGCCGCCACCAUAUCAUCUUGCCAAGCUAUACCGAUCCUGCUUUGGACGAACAAGCUACUACGUGGGCUGCGAGCGUGAGGUCGAUGCUGUGGGCGACGGCUGGUACAGCUCAAAACAGCAGGUCGGUCUCAAUCCCUCAAAUGCCCUUGAACAUCGUACUGACAAUAAGAUUCUCCAGCUACAUCAAUUUUGCCCACGGGGACCAAAGUCUUUCGACGAUGUACGGACAAAGCUUGCCGCGAUUGCAACAGCUGAAAAGAAUAUACGAUCCGUGGAAUCGGUUUGACCAGUGGUUUCCGUUGUUUCGAAGGGGGGACUAUUGGCCCUGA